UCUGCAUCCAUGGUCCCAGUGUGGUUCAGUUCAACAUGGAAAUCUCUUCCCGCUGCGCUCACAUUUGGGCAGGCUGCAGCCCGGAGCCACACUGCAAACAUGACGUGAGUGCUUGACGACGCUAAAUGGCAGCACUUGAAAUAGCCUACCUGCCAGCCCCGCUCACCCACUUGCUGAUGCGAUCACGACCCCAUUAGCAGCAUUUCUGCACCGCCGCUGCGCCCUGGACUGCGCCUCCGCCUUUUCCUGCAGGAGCAAAGUGGAGCUCCACAUCCAUCUGGACACGCGUCUCACUUGUCUUAUCUGCAGCGCUUUUUUUUUUUAAUUUACAAGAUUAAACUUUACUCUAAACAGACAUGGAUAUUGAUCGACCAGAAAACGUGUCUUUCUUUGAUUUCGUUGGAGGAGUUCAACUUCUCCGGGGGGAGGACGUCAGGACGGUCAUGCCUGUCAUCCUCAUCGGGAUCUGCGUCUCCGGAGCUGUUGGUAAUUUACUGGUUUUGCUGAUUUUCAUCCGUGAUUUCAGAAGCGGAAAGGGCUCUGAGAUAAAAGCCUUCCUCACCUCCCUGGCUUCCACGGACUUGGUGAUCCUGUUGCUGUGCGCUCCCGUGCGCGCCGUCACCUACUACAAGCAGACCUGGAUCAUGGGGAGUUUUGUUUGCAGGACCACGGACUGGUUCCAACACUCCUGCGUGGUGGCAAAAACUCUAAUCCUGGCCGUCACCACCAGAUCCAAACACACUUUAGUGUCCAGCACGACCACGGGGCCCUUCUACAGCCCGACGUGGAUCCACGGAGCCCUGGCGUUCAUUUGGAUAGUGUCCAUGAUGUUUCCGAUUCCACAGAUGCUUUUCGCCACUUUGCUGCCGCACGGAAACGACAUUAUUUGCGUGUCAGAAAUGCCGGUGUGCGCGUCUGACUUCAUGAAUUUGUUCUACAAGGUUUAUCCGACUGUGACCUUCGUGGUGCCGGUCAUCUUUACUCUUGCCUACUACACCAAAACACUACACGCGGCGGUCAACAACGCACCCAGUCCACUCCACCAGAGCAAAGUCACGCUGGUUUUACUGUGUCUGAGUGGCGCACUGGGGCUGAUGCUGCUCCCGGAGUGGGGUACUUUCACCUGGAUCAGACUUGGGAACAACAAACCGCCUGUGGGUUUCAUCAUCUUUGCGCAAGUUCUCCUUUACGCAUGCAGCGCAGUGUCACCGGUGAUCCUCAUGACCAUGUACGACGACGUGCGCCAGGGACUCAUCGCUAUCUGGUUCAUCGCGACCUGCAGGGCCUCGAAGCACAUCAGCUCAAAUAAUAAAUGUCUGAAAACAGAGGGGAACGGAGCAGAGGUCGGUGCCAACGCCGUGGCCAACGCCGUCUCCAAACCCGGGGACAAGACGUUCCCAGAUGUGGAACACUUUUGGACAGGGCGCAGGAAUACGCACGUCGAGGAGGAGCAAGACCCGGUUCCGUGGGAGCGAGAGGAGAAGAUGAUGUAGACAGAAUCAGUACCAGAUUGAAGAAUCCGACCUGUUCUCAGAUGGUUUAUAGUUUGUUGGCCCUCAUUGAAGGCUGUAAGUGUUUGCUGUUGUUCGGUUGAUUCGGUGUAAAAUACAUUUGUACACUAACAUGGACAUGUUUUGUCGUAGGUUUCACUUUUGUAAACUGAAUAUUUGUUGUUGCUUGAGUAGAAAACCUUUAUUAGACCACAGGGGAGUUUAGAUCCUAUGUAAAUAUACAGAAUAUUUUAGCACCAGAGGGUUUGUUGUGACUUUGUAUGUGUGAUGGAUAUUAAAACAUUCUCAAACAUGAA